AUGAGCAACGAAGAAAAACCGAAACACAUCGCCAUUCCGGAGAUGGAGGAACCCGACGAAGAUCCGGGAAAUUCCCAAGCCGAAAUAGAUGCCCAUCAAUGCGGUAGCUCGAGGGCUUCAGCUACACCUGGCGCCUCGAGAGUACAUUGGAAAACUAGGCAAAAGUACGAGAAAAUCCUCGAAGAUCAGAUUGCCAGACGUACUCUGGUUAGGAAUAGUUUGGAAGAUCGGGUCGACAGGAUAAAACUGUUGUGCGAGAACCCCCCGGAAAACAUUCGCCGUCACGCGAAACUCCACGCAACAAUGCUGGAGCGUUCCGAGUCAGAGCUGCGAACACUCGACACAGAAAUUGCGGACCUGAUGCGAAAACUCAACCCUUCGGAUUUGGUGGAGGAUUACGAUCGGGUGAUUUUCUUUGAAGAAAUGGUGAUCGGCGCCCAAAGCGAUCUCGAAGACUUGCAGAAAGCCUCACUGGCGGAUCGUAGUGAACAUUCCGUUGGCGGUGCGAGCGCCGAUGACCAAUGCAUCCAGCCGGAUGCGGAUGAUCAGAGAGCUUCGACUCCCCAGAUGGAUCCCGGUGACCAGCGAGGCCCGGAGACAAAUGUGUCAAGCCUCCCGAUGAUAGUGAAGGUGGUUCAGGAGAAAUCCCCGCGUACGCCGAAGUUCAAUGGGAAUUUCAAACAAUUCCGUGAAUGGUCCCAGCUCUUCGAAUCGUACGUGAACAGCAAAGACAUACCCGUGAUUCAGAAGUUCGCAAAGCUGAAAGAAAGCCUCAUCGGCCCAGCGAGACAGGAAAUAGCGCAUAUAAGUUUCUGUGAGAGCCAAUACGAGAUUGCCUUGAAGAGGAUUCACGACGUUUACGGUGACGAACAAGAUGCCGAGCAACAACAUGUGAAGGAGAUUAGCGGACUAUUCAACGCCAAGGAUCUCCAUCGCCCAGAUAAGUUGAGACAUUUUCACUCGACUCUCUCUCAAAACGUUCUAGCCCUCGUGGCUCUCGGGAAAAGGAUCGACGGGCUCUCCACAUUCCUCGUACACAACCUAAUUCGAGUACUCCCGCGUUCACUACAACUUCAGUUUCUUGACAUUUACGAGGAUUUACGGAAAAGCGGUGACUCCCGCUGUGAGUUGGAGGUACUGAUAGAUUUUCUGGAGCGGCAGGUGAAAAUCCACCGGAAGAUUGCGGACAGCUCGACGAGAUACCGGAGUCCAACUCCCUAUUCCUCGAAUGAUUCUCAAUCUAACUACAAGCCGGCUCGGUUCGAACAUCAGUCGGCCAACUUCAGCUCGACCGUCAUAAACACAAGCCGCACCGUCCCCGCGGGACGACACAUGUACAGUUGCGUUUUCUGUGAGGCAUCCCACCUCAGCAGAAACUGCAAAGCGCCACUUACCCUAGAAGAACGUAAAGAGAAAGUAUCGAGUAAGAGGGCGUGUUUCCGUUGCCUACGAUUGAAUCACUCAGCCGUCAACUGCAAAGCGAACGUUCGGUGUUCGAUUUGUUCACACAAACAUUACCCUCUCAUGUGUCCAAAACAAGACAAAGUCUCGCCGUCAGUCAGUCAGUGUGACGUCACUACCACCAUUCUCUCCAGCGUGGACGCGCUCGAAGGCUCGACGCUCCUUCCAACAGGCUUCGUCUGGGCACACUUCGGGAACAGGAAGAAAAAAGUCAGAAUCCUUUUGGACACAUGCUCCCAUAGGUCAUAUGUGAGCAAGAGAACAAUCUCCGACUUAGCCGCGAAGCCGACAGACUCAACGCUUCUGUCCCUCGGCUCCAUCGGAGGUAAUGUCUCUGAUGUCCAACGCUUCCAGAUAUACGAACUCUCUCUACAGAGCUGCUUUUCUCCGCAAGUCGUGAUACCCGUCAGGUGUCUCGAGAUAGCCGAAAUCUCAAAGUCGGUUCUACCGCUGGUUAAGCAGACCUAUGGCUUAACGCCAAGCGCGGAUCUCGGCGGAGAUGGCGAGGACUUAUCCAUAGAGAUUCUGCUGGGUGCAGAUAUCUUACCAAAAAUCGAGAAAGAGCAGAAAAGACUCCUCGACGGUUUAUCAGCUUUCAAUACCCAAUUCGGUUGGUUCUUCUACGGUGGGGUCGUGAAAGAGUCGGACACACGCCCACCAAGCCUGUGCGCCUUCAGUCUCAUCCAGCCAUGGAGACCCGAAGAGUCGAGGGUUUCUCCGGUCGAAGAAGAACCAUUGACUAAAGAUAUAGACUUCCUUUGGAAUUCUGAAACUCUGGGCAUCGAAAGUCCAAACGAAAAUCAGAACGAAAUAGACGAGCUGGAUGAGGAAUUGAUCAAUCUCGCGAACGAUCAAGACACGAUCGGAACCAUCGAUAAGGAAAUAUCGGAAUACAUCAGCAAUGGCUACGCGGAGCCGGCUCCGCCACGAAUUGAUGGGGAGCCGGCACAUUAUCUGCCGAUCCAGGCGAUCGUUAAGUCUUCCCCCGAAUACCCGACAGGGAAGAAGUCAAGAAUCGUUAAAGACGCAUCUGCAAGAUCAGCGGACAGGGCAUCAUUGAACGAUGUCCUCCAUCAGGGACCCAGUUUGCUUCCCGAUAUACUCAAAGUACUGAUACACGUUAGACGCUUCAAAUACGCUGUAGCGGCGGAUGUGGAGAAAGCAUUCCUCCAAAUCAAAGUAAACCCCGACCAUCGGACAUUUCUCCGUUUUCUGUGGCCCCUCGGAAUCUCCACAAACCCGAGGGCUCGAUGGCAAGAAUUCUGGAACACAUCUCUGGACUUCGGUUUGGUUUGCUCCCCUUUCUUGUUCUGCCAAACUAUCAAACUGCUCCUGGAGUCACAAGCAGCGGAGGACACACAAAAAUCUGCGUUAGCAAAUGAAGUAAUCGAUUCCUACUACAUGGACGACGUAUUCUCGGGUGGAGACUCUCUUAACGAAGCCUCUCACAAGAUCAAGCUACUUUUUGAAAUGUUUUACGCAGGCAAAUUCCGACUUCGGAAAUGGUCAACUAAUUCGAGCGCUCUUGCGGAUAUCAUACCGCUCACCGUACCGUUUCCUGACGUAAAUGUGACCUGCGAGAAAACAGAUGCGAAACUCCUUGGAGUGAAAUGGAACCAAAGGGAAGACUCGCUCGGCGUCUUUACCAAGAAGGCGCUCGUCGAGAUGAAGUCCGAUCGAGCCUCGAAGAGAAUAUUACUGAAGGCUCUCGCCCAGCUGUUUGACCCCCUAGGUAUAAUGUCGCCCUCUACUGUAUCAGCGAAGAUUCUCCUACAGAAGCUCUGGAAGAAAGCCAGAGACUGGGAUGAAGACCUCGAGGGCGACGACCUGGACGACUUCGUUCGAUUUCGCGAGUGCAUCGAAAGGUCAAGCAGUCUCAGUGUACCACGUCCCUUGAAAACCGACGAUAGGAAUCUGGCGGUCAGGGAAUUACAUACGUUCUCUGAUGCGAGUCUUUCGGCGUACGGCUGUGUCUGCUACGUACGAGAUAUUUUCUCAAGCGGUCCUGCGAAGGUUUCCUUUCUGAUGUCAAAGGCGAGAGUUUCACCACUAAAGAGCAAGCAGACGAUACACCGACUCGAACUCCAGGGAGCGGUCGUGGCAGCCCGAAUUGCGCUAAGGGUGGGCAAUUACUUGAUUCCCCAACCAGCGCGGAAGCUCUAUUAUACUGACAACGCCGCUUGCUUGGGCUGGCUACGGGACUCCAAUGCGAAAUGGAAAACAUUCGUGGCUAACCGAACAAGAGAAAUACUGAGUUCGUCCCGCCCAUCGGACUGGUCUUACGUCAAAUCCUCAGACAACCCAGCUGAUAUACUUAGCAGGGCCAUGGACAUUAACGAGGAAGCAACGAAACUCAUGUGGCUCAAAGGACCGCCAUGGCUGGAACCUUUUGGUAAAGAUCCGAGCCUUCACCCACUCAACACACCCAGAGCCACAACAGAAACAGAUGCGGAACGUAUCGAAGAGAUCUGCAUGAUGACCGUCUCGGCUCCGCAGGAACAUCUCUUUGAUGAACUGUCCUUAAUCAGCCGGACGAACAGCUGGCCCAAGAUAGUCAGAAUUUGGGCAUUCACCAGAAGAGUCGCCCAGAAGUUCUGUCAGACCCGAGUUAGACUCGACCAACAGGGAAGCUUGGGACAAACGGCCAUGAAUUCGGGAAGGGAUCCGCCAAUCAAUCUACUAACUAUAUCUACGGAGGAAUUCGUGUUGUCACGAGACGACCUGAUCAGGAGAAUCCAGCAAAGGCGUUUCCCGAUAGAAUACUCUUCCGAAUGCCAAAGCGUGCCGAAAACCAGCUCCCUUUUCAAAUACAGCCCUUUCUUCAGUGAAGACAGGUUUAUCCGUAGCAGGACUCGCCUUGAGAGAGCCGAAUCGUUCACGUACGAUGAGAUAUACCCGAUUCUUUUACCCUCCGACGAACCCGCCGUAAAGCUACUAAUUCUCAAUAUACACGCGCGGGAAUGCCUCCAUUCCGGUGGAAUCGUCGGCACUCUACACAAUCUCAGAAGGCGCUAUCUGGUCCUGAAGGCCAGACGCCUCACUAAGACGUCAUAG